GUUUUGAAGGAGCCAAUGAGCGCUCGGAGCGGAGAGUUUAAGAGGUACUGCUCAGUAGUGCAGAAGCCGGUCCGGGAUUGGAACCUGCUCCGGAACGCACGGGCUCACAGUGGGCACCAACUCUCAGGACCCCUUUCCCUUCCGGGCGCUCCCAUGGCGCAGUUCGUGUUCGAGAGCGACCUGCACUCCCUGCUUCAGCUGGACGCACCCAUCCCCAAUGCACCCCUCGCGCGCUGGCAGCGCAAAGCCAAAGAAGCAGCGGGGCCGGCCCCCUCGCCCAUGCGGGCCGCCAACCGAUCCCACAGCGCUGGCAGGACCCCAGGCCGAACUCCUGGCAAAUCUAAUUCCAAGGUUCAGACCACCCCUAGCAAACCUGGCGGUGACCGCUAUAUCCCCCAUCGCAGUGCUUCCCAGAUGGAGGUGGCUAGCUUCCUCCUGAGCAAGGAGAACCAGCCUGAAAACAGCCAGACGCCCACCAAAAAGGAGCAUCAGAAAGCCUGGGCUUUGAACCUGAACGGUUUUGAUGUGGAAGAAGCCAAGAUCCUCCGACUCAGUGGAAAACCACAGAAUGCCCCAGAAGGCUACCAGAACAGACUGAAAGUACUCUAUAGCCAGAAGGCCACUCCUGGCUCCAGCCGGAAGACCUGCCGUUACAUUCCUUCCCUGCCAGAUCGGAUCCUGGAUGCUCCUGAAAUCCGAAAUGACUACUACCUAAACCUUGUGGAUUGGAGCUCUGGAAAUGUAUUGGCUGUGGCACUGGACAACAGUGUAUAUUUGUGGAGUGCAAGUUCUGGUGACAUCCUGCAGUUGUUGCAAAUGGAGCAGCCUGGAGACUAUGUAUCCUCUGUGGCCUGGAUUAAAGAGGGCAACUACCUGGCUGUAGGCACCAGCAGUGCAGAGGUGCAGCUAUGGGAUGUACAACAGCAGAAACGACUUCGAAACAUGACCAGUCACUCUGCCCGAGUGAGCUCCCUAAGUUGGAAUAGCUAUAUCCUGUCCAGUGGCUCACGCUCUGGCCACAUCCACCACCAUGAUGUUCGGGUAGCAGACCACCAUGUGGCCACACUGAGUGGCCACAGCCAGGAAGUGUGUGGACUGUGUUGGGCCCCAGAUGGACGACAUUUGGCUAGUGGUGGCAAUGACAACUUGGUCAACGUGUGGCCUAGUGCUCCAGGAGAGAGUGGCUGGGUUCCCCUGCAAACAUUCACCCAGCAUCAAGGUGCUGUUAAGGCUGUAGCAUGGUGUCCCUGGCAGUCCAAUAUCCUAGCAACAGGAGGGGGCACCAGUGACCGACACAUUCGCAUCUGGAAUGUCUGCUCUGGAGCCUGUCUGAGUGCUGUAGAUGCCCAUUCCCAGGUGUGCUCUAUCCUCUGGUCUCCCCACUAUAAGGAGCUUAUCUCAGGCCAUGGCUUUGCCCAGAAUCAGCUGGUUAUUUGGAAGUACCCAACCAUGGCCAAAGUGGCAGAGCUCAAAGGUCACACAGCACGGGUCCUGAGUCUGACCAUGAGCCCAGAUGGGGCCACAGUGGCAUCAGCAGCAGCAGAUGAGACCCUGCGGCUGUGGCGCUGCUUUGAGUUGGACCCUGCACGAAGACGGGAACGGGAGAAGGCCAGUGCAGCUAAAAGCAGCCUCAUCCAUCAAGGCAUCCGUUAAUGACAAACCAACCCAUCACCUCAGUUUUUUUUAUUUUUCUAAUAAAGUCAUGUCUUCCUUUC